ACAAUGAAGAAAACGCGGAAGUGGCUCCUUUCCGGUUUCUCCUGGAGAGACGCUAAGUGAAGGCUAACACGUGGGGACGCAACUUUAUCGCACCGUCCGCUUUACAACAGCAAAACCGCUAUUUAUACGAACCACUGUAACUCUUGUUUUUCGAGCUGUUCUCGAUAUUGAGCCGUCAGUCGUCUAGUUUGACCGACAAUGGCGGACGGCGGGGACGACGACUCCCUGGAUAAAAUCAACGAGGGCGACCACGUCGUGCUGAAGCGUGGGGAGAUCUACAAAGCUGUGCAAAUACAGUCGAGAAAGAAAGUAGUGUUUGAGAAGAAGUGGCUCUUCUUGGACAACGUCGUGGGGCAGUUGUACAGCACCACUUUUGAAAUUGUACCCGGAGGACAGUUGCAACCUGUGAAACCAAAAGAUGUACAAAGUGCUGCUUCUGAUGUGAAGGAGGCGGGCACGGACAACCGGAACAUCGUGGACGACGGCAAGUCGCAGAAGCUGACCCGCGACGACAUCGAGACGCUUAAAGAGCAAGGUCUGAAGGGUCAGGAAAUAAUCCAACAGCUCAUAGACAACAGCUCCACCUUCAGGAAUAAAACAGAAUAUGCCCAGGACAAGUACAUCAAGAAGAAAAAGAAGAAGUACGAGAACACCGUGACCAUUCUGAAGCCGACCUGCCGCAUCCUGGCGCUCAUGUACCACGGACGAGAGCCAGGAAAGAUCUGUCACUUGCGAUUCGACACACUGGCGCUGAUGCUAAACCUGGCCAACAUCCACGCCGGCAGCAAAGUGUUGGUGUUUGAGACGUGCGCUGGCCUCGUGCUGGGGGCCGUCAUGGAAAGAAUGGGAGGUUACGGAUCAGUGAUCCAAAUGUAUCCUGGGGCUGGGCCGGUCCGGGCAGGAGUGGAGAACUUUGGCUUCCCAGCUCGCUUCCACGACACGCUGCAUGACUUUCCUAUCUGCCACGUCAAUGCUUUGCUAGCAGGCACGCUGGACACAAGCCCUAAGGACCCCGGUGCUGGUGAGGAGGCAACUCCUCCCGAUGUGGCUGGCGAGGAGCAGCCCAAGACAGAGCAGCGGGACACGCCGGGGAAUGCGGAGAACACGGAGACGAAUGCCAGUGGCGACCAACGCACAGAUGACGAACGCGAGCGAAGCAAAGAGGCGAAGGCUCAGCUCAAGAGGGUGAAGCAGGAAGAGAAGCGCAAGAAGCUUGCGGCUGCGGCCGCCCUGUUAGAGGGGAGGAACGCAGAUGGGUUGGUCAUCGCCUCUCUCUUCCACCCUUGUCCCGUCCUGUUGUGCCUGCUCAAGUUCUUGUCGCCCUCCAGGCCCUUUGUGGUCUACUCACAGUAUAAAGAGCCACUGGUCGAGUGUUUCACCAAACUGAAGGAGCAAGGUGGCACCGUCAACCUCCGCCUCACCGACACCUGGCUGCGCCAUUAUCAGGUGCUGCCCAACAGGACGCAUCCCAAGCUGCUGAUGAGUGGCGGCGGCGGUUACCUCCUCUCUGGCAUCACCGUGGAAACUGAGAGGUCAGGCCAGACUGAUUCAGAGGAGCCGGCGCCAAAAAAACAAAAACUGACAGAAAGCUAAAAGACUUAAAAGCCCCCCCGAUUGUGUUUCAGGGCACAUUAGCAGCUGGGCUGACUGUUGUGUCUGUUCGGAUUCGUCACAAACUCGUCUCGGCAGUUAAGCAAGGAAAGGCCUCAAAACAGACUCACCCUAGUUUUCUUUUCUUACAUUUAGGUCAGCAUUUUUUUAUUACUUUUUAUUUCCGUGGACAUUUUUUUUUUUUUUUUUGUAAUCUUCACAUAAUUCAAACAUUCUGACUUAGAAUAACUUUAAUUUAUCCUGACAAAGAGUCUUCCAGGCUUCCCUUCUUGUCUUUUAAUGAUUUUGAAACCUCAUGUUAUAUACUUUGUGAUAUUUUUUAAGCAUUCAAAUUUGGCUAGUUGUUAACAGCACUCUUCUUUGGUGUGUCAAAUUUAGAAGACAUUUAUUUUCACUUAGUGACUUUAAAGAAUGUUUUUUUAAUACGAUUUUUUUCACAUUUAAUUGUCUGAAAAUACUAAAAUCGUGGGGGGUCUAACAAUAUCAUAAUAAUGAACUAUAAUUGUUUUAGUGAGGAAAUGUGUUGAAACGUGACAGUGCACAGGAUUAAAAAAAAAAGCGUG